UCGAAGAGGACACAAUAAUGCGCUGCUGUGUGCCUCUUGUUCUGAGUUUACUGACUGUGUGUGUGACAGACAAGUGCGUGGACGACGUAACGCACCGGCCACAGCGCUGUAUGCCUGAGUUGGUGAACGCGGCGUUCAACGUGCCCGUGGUGGCCACCAACACGUGCGGCUCUCCGCCUGAAGAGUACUGCGUGCAGACCGGCGUCACCGGAGUCACCAAGUCGUGCCACAUCUGCGAUGCCCGAGAUCCGAGACAGCAUCACAGUGCAGUCUACCUCACCGACUACAACACCCAAGCGGACACCACCUGGUGGCAGAGCCAGACCAUGCUCGCAGGCGUCCAGUACCCCAGCUCCAUCAACCUAACCCUGCACCUAGGAAAGGCCUUCGCGAUCACUCACGUGCGUCUGAAGUUCCACAGCAGCCGUCCUGAGAGCUUCGCCAUCUACAAGCGCACGCGUGAGGACGGCCCGUGGAUCCCGUACCAGUACUACAGCGGAUCGUGCGAGAAAACCUACGGCAAGGUGAACCGGGGUUUCAUCCGCGCUGGCGAGGACGAGCAGCAGGCACUCUGCACGGACGAGUUCAGCGACAUCUCGCCGCUCACAGGAGGAAAUGUGGACUUCUCUACACUCGAGGGACGCCCAAGUGCAAACAACCUCAGCAACAGCCCAGAGCUUCAGGAUUGGGUGACUGUGACAGACAUCAGAGUGACCCUGAACAGGCUGAACACAAACGGAGAUAAAAAGUUUAACUCCAAGGUGCUCAAGUUGUACUACUACGCCAUCUCCGACAUUGCUGUAAUAGGAAGGUGCAAAUGUAACGGUCAUGCCAGCAAGUGUGUGAAGAACGAGUACAGCAAGCUGGUGUGUGACUGCAAACACAACACAGAGGGUGACGACUGCAACGUGUGUAAGCCCUUCUACAACGACCGCCCAUGGAGGAGAGCCACCUCUGACGACGCCAACGAGUGUCUGCCGUGCAACUGCAACGGCAAGAGCAGCGAGUGCUACUUCGACCCGGCGCUGUACCGUGCCACGGGUCACGGAGGACACUGCCGCAACUGCGCCGACAACACGGACGGACCCAACUGCGAGCGCUGCUCAGACAACUACUACAGAGCGCGUUCGGGCCAGCGCUGCCUGCCCUGCAGCUGUAACCCUGUUGGCUCUCUAAACACUCAAUGUGACAUCACAGGGCGCUGUGGCUGUAAACCGGGUGUAAUGGGCCAUAAGUGUGACCGCUGCCAGCCUGGAUACCACUCGCUGACCAAGGCAGGCUGCAGCUCACAGCCCACAUCCCCGGGUGCACGCACACAGGAGUGUGAUGUCAAUACAGGACACUGUGAAAGGUACUGCAUUGUUACCUAAAGAGAAUGAAGCUUCAAACAGAUUGUUCACUUUUUUCCUGCACUUUCCCACAGCCUGGUGACCUCAACGAAUUAAAUAGUUUCUUGUUCCAGCCAUUUUAUGCUUUGUCUUCUAAGUGUUUUUGCCUUACAACUUAUUUAAUCUAAUCUUAUUAAGUUUAAGAGAAAGAAAAAAACGAAAUACACAGCUUAUCAUGCAAUAAAGCAAAUGUCCAGAGGAACGUGCCGGCAUUACUUUCCAGCACAAAAGUGAUCUACUACAUACAACAAAUAAAUAUAAACAAAAUAUUUUUAUUUAUUUGAUAUUUUUAUUCAUUUCACAUUCAUUUCCAACUGACUCACAAACUCUACAUGCACUCCCCAUCGUCUGUGAAGAGUAAGUCGUUUUCAGUUGUUUUUGUGACUAAAAUGAUACUAAUAAUAAUUACUACUAGUAGAUGGUCCUACUACUAGUACUCAUUUUGUGAGUUGUAGAUUUUUGUGACGUCAUUUCCAUAUACUAGAAGCAGUAAAAUUGAAACAUUUAAAAAAAAAAUCAUAACUUUGGUUCUUCAUUACAUACAGUAUCAGGAAACCCAAAUGUCUGAAGCCUCCCCCAUCGACACACACACACACACACACACACACUGGCAGUACUUCCGUAUAACAAGUUGUUAUUAAAAUCGGUUUUGAUUAAAUCAGUGCUGUGCGUGUGUGAGAGUUCAAGGUCGGCUAAAAGGAACCCGUUCAAAAACGAGCGAAUUAGCGAGUUAGUUACAGUCAGGCACGCGCUCGCAUUGGCAUCAAAGGGGGCUUUUGGGCUGCUCUUUUCCUUCCUUGAGAGAGUGUGCCCUUCUGGGGUUUUAUACAUCUAUUAUUAUUUUUAUAAAUAAAUGAAUAUAUGUAUAUAUGUGCGUGUAUGUUGAAAAUGUUGAAAUUGAUCGGCUCAUCACAGACAGGCAGAGACUAGAGCAAAGUGAAGUCCUCCCUCCCUUUCUAGUUGUGUUUGUCUAACUGUGGAGGUGAGCGGUGAUGAACAAAAUAUAGUUCAUUUGUCUUGCUAACAUUUCAUGAUUCAUCAGCUUCCAUGUAAUAUGUUAGGUAAAGUUUAGCCAUGGCAAUAUAUAUCAUGGGCAUACAGGCAAACUUAAUGCCUGUAUACAACAGCUGAAUACAGUCAAAUUAAUGACGUCAUUACAAUCAAUAUACUGAUAUGCAAAUAAGGCGUUAAGUAAUUAAAAUGUGUUAAUUUUCAUACAUUUGACACAAGAUUUUGCAGAUGAAUAGGAUGAACAAAAUAACUAAAGCAUAUCACCGUUUAUAAUGUUUUUUUUUUACUGAACAGACCAAGAAUGAAUUCCCACUUAUAACCCUUUCAGUGACUCUGUACUAAAGUUAGCUAGCUUUGACCUGCA